CUUUCUUACGUACGCCAUCUAUACAUAUUUACAAAGUCAAAAUGGCAGCUCUUGCAGACGAGUUUGAACUGAAUGGUAAUUCGCAAGUUAUAGAACCUAUUCUUGAUUUAGAUGAGGGAAUCUUCGAUGACAAAGAUUUACUAGACUUUGUGAAAAACAUUGAGCAACAAACUGAAAGAGAUACACCGUUACCUUCUGAAUCCGAGCCCGUGUCAAUGGACCUGACAAUGAAAGAGCAGGAGCUCCGAGAAUUUGUGAAUGAAAAUGAGAAAGUGAACACUCGAGUCGCUACUAACACUGCUCUGAAUAAAGUAACACAACACUUGAGAUCAUUAAAUGAGAAUAGGCCAAUUGAAGAAAUCCCACCUCAGCAACUGGAUAUACUAUUAGCAGAUUUUGUAAAAAGCGCUAAAAAGUCAGGCAGAAAGAACAGUGAAGAUACUGAAUUUGAGCCUGGUACACUUACUUCCUAUAUCAAUUCCAUCGAGAGAUAUUUAGGACGCAAGGGUUAUUCUGUCAGCUUAAGGGAUAGAACUUUUAAGUUAUUGCAGGACACUCUAUCAUCUAAACGUCGAAACUUAACAAGAAACGGCAAAGGAAACAAACCAAAUGCAACGGUGGCUCUGACCAAUGCAGAGAUUGAUAUUUUGUGGACCAAAAACGUUCUUGGUGACAGUGCUCCUUGGAACUUACAAUUCACUAUGUGGUUUAUGAUAUGCCAACAAUUCGGCUUUAGAGCUCGUGAUGAGCACAGGAAACUUGAAUGGGGAGAUAUUGGGGAGAUAUUGUUUUGAAAAAGAUGCCCGAUGGAACUGAAUAUAUAGAGCUUCAACGAACUAGGGGCUCGAAAUGUCGUGAUGGAAGUACAACAGCUAAAGAAGAUAGUCGUAAGGUUCCACCUAGAUGUUUUGCUAUUGGGGGUGAACGUUGUCCCAUACGUAUAUACAAGGCGUUUCGAACACAUAGAAUUCCAUCACUUAGUAUGGAUGACAGUCCAUUCUAUCUCACUACAAUACCCGUAAACAGACUAAGAGGUGACUCUUGGUAUUACAAGUCACCUCUAGGAAAGAACUCCCUCUCAAAUUUUCUCAGGACAGCCUGUGAAAAGGCUGGGAUUUCCGCAGAGAAGCAUAGCAACCAUGCUGCUAGGAAAACUCUUUGUCAGUCAAUGACUAAGGCGAACAUUCCAAUUGAAAAGAUGAAACAAAUUAGUAACCAUAGGAACAGUAGUAGUUUUGAAGAGUACCAAGAUGGCAUUGAUAUCGAGGAACACAAGGAAAUAUCACGCACAAUAGCAAUGGGAGGAAAGCCAAUGGAAAAUGUUCAACCACGCCCCCCUGCUGAACCCCAAACACAGAUAGCUAGUGCUAUCCAGGGUAUAUUUGGAAAUGAUGGACAAUCAAAGUUUGACAACUGCACAUUUAACAUUAAUAUAAAACUAGCUAGUACCACCACCAGCAGUAAUACAGUUUUUUCCUCCCAGGAGAGUCCUCGGAAAAGACAGAAAAAGGAAUAAAGAUGGAGAACAUGAUCUGACUCUGUAAAUAGAUACUGUAUUAAAGUUGAAUUCUGGAUGUUAUUUUUGACAUUUUUCAUUUUGGCAUUUAUAGUUCACAUAGUGAUUUCAUAGUCAAAGACAGUUACC